AUGUUAAAUCAAUAUCUUAGCAAUUAUGGAUAUCUGAAAGAGACUGUCGUAUCAUUCCUACCAAAUGCGCCAUCUACUGAAGCUAUUGUACAGCUCAAUUCAGUAACAAUUCGUGAUGCACUCAAACGAUUUCAAAAAUUUGCGGGUUUGAAACCUACCGGUAAAUUGGAUGCAGCAACCGAAAACAAAAUGCAGCAAAAACGUUGUGGUCGUCCGGAUAUAAUAGCAUUACGACAGCAAGGUAAAUAUAAAUGGGAGAAGAAUGAUUUAACUUAUACCAUUGAAUCGUUAGCAAAUGAAUUGUCUGAAAGUGAAGUGAGAGAAGCGCUCCGCAAGGCAUGUGAUAUAUGGUCAGCAGUGAUACCUUUAACUCUAAAUGAAAGAUCCAAAAAUGCUGAUAUUACAGUUGCUUUUGCACGACGCAUGCAUAAUGAUCCAUGGCCAUUUGAUGGACAAGGAGGAAUAUUAGCACAUGCAACAUUACCAUCUUCCGGUAUUCUUCAUUUUGAUUCAGACGAGAAAUGGGUCUAUAUGAAUCCAAAAGCUAUUUCAAAAUUACAAUCUGAUGGAUUAGUCUUGGAUUCGUUAUUUGGAUCUUGGUCUAGAAUACUUGUUCCAGAUUUUGUUGACUUCGAUGUGAUGAUUACGCUGAUUAACGUAGUUAUUAUUGGAUCGAAUAGAUAUACUGAAGUUGACUGUAUUGAAAUGGAUGAAAAAAUGGCCCAACCUCAUGGUAUAUUUGACUAUAUCCCGAUCGAUGAUAACACAGAUGUACUACAAGUAUCAGUCCAUGAAAUUGGACACAUUUUGGGCCUCGAACACUCCUCCGAUUCUGAUUCCAUUAUGGCACCAUUUUAUCAGGAAUCGGUGGACAAUGAUGGAAAUUAUAUCAUGCCUAAAUUAUCCGUAUCUGAUAUUAAAAAUAUACAACAUCUUUACGAGAAUGAUUUUGAUUUUGAAGUUCAUCGACCAUCGAAUGAUGAUAAUGAAUCAAACAAUGAUAAUAAAAUGAAUGUCAAUUGUCCGAGUGAAGUUGAUGGUAUCAUUACAACAAAUGGUUCAAAUUAUUUGUUCAGUGAUAACAAAGUGUAUAAAUUUGAUCAGAGAGGAAUCAAAAAAGAAUAUUUCUUAAAAAAUCUUUUUCCAAGUGCACCGCCGUUUGUUCAAGGUGCUUUAUCAAAUUCACGUACUAAUAAAACGCUUCUAUUCUAUGGAAAAAUGGUAUAUUCUUAUUUAAAUUAA